GGACCAUGACUUCAGUAGACAGAGGAGACAAAUUCAACCAACUAAAAAGAAGAACUGUGGAGUUAAAUUGAGGAUAAGGCAUAUUGUUAGAUUUCCUGACUACAAGACCACUGGAAUAAGUACGACAUAUGAGAAAGAUUUGAUUUCGGUUGAGAUAAAGAAAUUGGUUUUGGACAAGAAGCAAAUCAAUAUGCAGGAUCAAUUCUAUACAGCAUUUCCAGGCCCAACUGAACACCAAAACCAUCUAAGAGGAGAGUCAGCAAGCUUAAUACCUGGAAUAGAUGACAGAUUGAAGGAAUACAUCAGGAAAAUGGUAUGGGAAGAAAACAUCACCAGUGUACCACAGAUGAGAGUACUACUAGAAGUAUACACGAAGACAACACUUUUCCAAGGACAGGAUAUUCCCGCCAUCAUAAAUAAGAGAUUUUGGCCAUCAAAUGUAGAUAUCAAGAACCACAUUGCCCUUGCAGUAAAGAAACAAAGAAACAAGGAAAUUGAUCAGGAAGUAGUUGUUGAUUUGCUAAAGGAAUGGAAAAGUGAGCGCCCUGAAGACAACUUCCAUCUUCGUCUGUAGCGAGAUCAUGUGGAACAAGAUAAGGA